AAAGUAUCGAAGGCAGGAAAUCCAAGUUCUGCAGAAACGCACCAGAUGAUGUUGCCUGUGUCAUUGUGCAUCAAAAUAACUCUGAAACAUUUUUUAAAAAUAAUUAAAAAAACAAAAACAGCACGUGGCUGGCCAGGAGGGAAGCGGUUCCGGAGCAGAGGGCAGCCGCGGGGGGGGGGCGGGUGCAGUGUGGGCAAGGAGGACGAUGGCUUCCACCAAGAGGGUCCUGUACGUGGGUGGGCUAGCAGAGGAGGUGGAUGAGAGGGUGCUCCAUGCCGCCUUCAUUCCCUUUGGUGACAUCACAGACAUCCAAAUACCACUGGACUAUGAAACUGAAAAGCAUCGCGGGUUUGCUUUCAUUGAAUUUGAGCUGGCUGAGGAUGCUGCUGCCGCCAUCGACAACAUGAAUGAGUCUGAGCUCUUUGGGAGAACAAUUCGUGUCAACCUGGCCAAACCCAUGAGGAUUAAGGAAGGAUCGUCCCGGCCAGUCUGGUCAGAUGAUGAUUGGCUGAAGAAAUUCUCAGGGAAGACGCUGGAGGAGAGUGUGGGAGAAGAGGGGGCCGGGCCUACCAAAUCGGAGGCCCAGGAGGGUGAGCCACCAGCAAAAAAAUCAAGGGCCAACCCCCAGGUUUACAUGGACAUCAAGAUUGGAAAUAAGCCUGCUGGCCGACUGAACAUCCUCCUGCGAUCAGAUAUUGUGCCCAUGACCACUGAGAACUUCCGCUGCUUGUGUACGCAUGAAAAGGGCUUCGGCUUCAAGGGCAGCAGUUUCCACCGCGUCAUCCCGCAGUUCAUGUGCCAAGCGGGGGACUUCACCAACCACAACGGCACGGGGGGCAAGUCGAUCUAUGGGAAGAAAUUUGAUGACGAGAACUUUAUCCUGAAGCACACGGGCCCAGGCUUGUUGUCCAUGGCCAACUCUGGCUCCAACACCAACGGCUCCCAGUUCUUCAUCACUUGCGACAAAACCGACUGGCUGGAUGGGAAGCACGUGGUGUUUGGGGAGGUGACUGAAGGGAUGGACGUGGUGCGGCAAAUCGAGGCCCAAGGGAGCAAAGAUGGAAAGCCAAAGCAAAAAGUGAUCAUCUCAGACUGCGGCGAAUACAUCUGAACAUUUGCUCAAGGGGAUCUUGCUGCGGGUGCAAGAGGAAAUGAGCAUUGCUCCACUCUGGAUGAGUGACGGCUCCGGAGCUCUGUCAGAGACUGAACGGCUUGUUUCGGGGGGCAGGAGGACUAGCCUGUUUGGGGAGACCUGGGCUGCUUCCUCUUGAAAGCAGCAACCUGUGUGUGUGUAUAGUCAGAUGUACAAAGGAAUUCUGGAAGUGUUGUUCAGAACUGUAGGUUCUAUAGAUACCUAUUUUGUACAUAAUUGUUCUUCAUUGUACGGAAUUUUUCCUCCUACAAAUAAAUUAUAUCUAUUUUUUAAAGCAAAA